AUGAGGUUCCUGGCCCUGCUCGUCGCAGCCGGCGUCGCUCUCGUCUCUGCUCAAAAACCCUCAAUUGAGCAGCUCGCAGAGCUUGCAGCAGCGAACAAUGGCGUUAUUCGACUCGACGGGCCAACCUACGACUUGCUGACAUCACCAAAGCGAACAUGGUCGGCGUCCAUCCAGUUUACAGCUCUCGACAAGAAACGAGCGUGCCAUCCUUGCAAGGACUUUGACCCUUCCUGGAACGAAGUCGCGGCUGCCUGGGCCAAAGUCGAUGCCGAACAAAAGGACCAGCACUUCUUUGCAACUCUCGACUUUGACCACGCUCCCAAUGUAUUCCAAAAGCUCGGUAUUGCAACUGCACCAGUUGUAUUCAUCUAUCCACCCGUGGAGGGUCCCCGCAAAGCAGCCAGACCUGUCCCCAUGAAAUAUGACUUUUCCGAAGGAUUUGACGCCGCCCCCCUCGCUGAGCAACUCUCCAAAUUCACACCCGUUCCCAUCCCCUACACCAAGCCCAUUGACUGGGCGAAAUGGAUUACAACCACCAUCGCAGUCCUCGGUGCCGGCGCACUUAUCAAAUACGUCGCACCCGUCGCACUCAGUCGCUGGACUUGGGCUAUCGUUUCCGUCGUCUCCAGUCUGAUCAUGACUGGCGGCUACAUGUUUACGCGUAUCAGGAACUCGCCCUAUGUCGCAAGAGACGGAAACUGGAUCGCUCCUGGCUUUACGAACCAAUUCGGUCAGGAAGUGCACGUUAUCGCUUUCAUAUAUGGCCUUCUCGCCUUGUCCUUCCUUAUGCUCACCCUCGUCGUGCCCCGACAAACCUCCCCCGCCAAGCAGCGUUUACAGGUCUGGAUCUGGUCGGGAGUAAUCAUGAUCGUCUACUCUGUCCUUGUCUCCAUCUUCAGGGUAAAGAACAGGGGAUAUCCAUUCAAACUCUUCUUGUAA